AUGUCUCCGGCAGCUUCGGUGGCUGGAGAAGGCGAGCUGCGGCGGCCCAUAGCGAGUUUCAGGGACGGCCGGAGCGGGGCCUGCGGCGUCCCGGUUGGGGCACUGCUGCUGGGCUUGUCGCUAUUCGGCCUGGUGGUGUUUCUGGUGCCAGCGGCGGCGGCGCUGGCCUGGCUGGCUGUGGGGGCCACCGCGGCCUGGUGGGGGCUGAGCCGCGAGCCCCGAGGUUCGCGCGCCUUUUCCUCGUUCGUUCGAAACACACGACGCCAGCGAGCACCGUUCACUUCACCGCCCGCCAAGUCGGCAGUAAACGGAAGCCUCCUAGAGCCGCGGCGCCUCCUCGAAGGACCCGACCCCGCCGAGCUGCUCUUCAUGGGCAGCUACCUGGGCAAGCCUGGCCCUCCGCAGCCGUCCCCUGCACUGGAGGGCAGGGACCCGCGCCGGAGGCCCGUCCGCCGGCCUGCUCCCCGCCCCCCGCCGCCCGCGCCCUUGGUACCCCGCGGCCACCACGCCCAGCCUUCGCCCCCAGCGCCUUUGCGUCGACCCUCCAGGUGGCUGCCCCACCGUGAUUGUGGGACUUUAUCAAAUCGGUUUGUCAUAACGCCUCGGAGACGAUACCCAAUUCAGCAGGCCCAGUAUUCCUUCCUGGGGUCCCUUCCCACAGUGUGCUGGAAUGGUUACCACAAGAAGACCGUGCUUUCGGCUCGGAAUUCCAAGAUGGUGUGCAGCCCAGUGACCGUGAGGAUUGCUCCUCCUGAUAGCAAACUGACUCGGUCGCCAGUACCGGAGCAGAUAAUCAGCUCAGCACUGGCCUCACCAUCUGGUACCAUUCCAGACCCAUGUGCAAAGGAGACUGUACUGAAUGCCCUUAAGGAGCGGAGGAAAAGGACAGUGGAAGAGGAGGACCACAUCCUUUCUGAUGGCCAGGAAAAUAAAAGAAGGCGCCAUGACAGCAGUGGGAGUGGACAUUCAGCAUUCGAGCCCCUGGUGGCCAAUGGAGUCCCUGCUUCCUUAGUGCCUAAACCUGGGUCUCUAAAGAGAGGCUUCCAUUCCCAGAGCGCAGAUGACCAUUUGAAUAAGCGAUCCCGGACCUCUUCUCUGAGCUCCUUGACGAGCACGCCUGUGGGUGGCAUCCCUAGCUCCAGCCGGAACGCCAUCACUAGUUCUUACAGCUCUACUCGCGGUUUCUCUCAGCUGUGGAAGCGAAGUGCUCCCAGUUCAUCACCCUUCUCUAGCCCAGCCUCAUCUCGCUCCCAGACACCAGAGAGGCCAGCAAAGAAAAUAAGAGAAGAGGAGCUUUCGCAUCGUUCCCGUUCCUCCACUCCACUGGAAGCAGACAAGGAGGCCCAGGGAGCAAAGAUUGAUGAUACAACCACAUGGAAGAAACAGAGCUUGUGGAAUUCUCCCUCUACAUCUGGCAGCUCAGGGCAGCGAAAGCGGAAGAUUCAGCUGCUGCCCUCUCGGCGAGGAGACCAGCUAACUCUGCCUCCUCCUCCCCAGCUUGGUUAUUCAAUAACUGCUGAAGACCUAGACUUGGAAAAGAAAGUGUCAUUCCAGUGGUUUAACAAGGUCUUGGAGGAUAAGACGGAAGCUGCCUCAGCCUCCAUCACUGAGCCCCCAGCAGCCACUCCGCCACCUCUUACUUUCCCUGUGCCUGCUGCGGCGCCUGCGGUGACUGCCUCUUUAGCCCCCUGCAGCCCAACCCCAAACACUCAGCCACUGCUGGAGAGCUUGAGGAAGAUGCAGAAUGCCCCAAGCCCACCAUCCUUCCCAGAACCUGCUGAGGUGGCGACCACCGUGGCCCAUUUGCCUCCGAAGACACCCAGCCUUCUGGCUGUUCUUGGGGCGUCACAGUCAGGGACCUCUUCAGACUCCAAGUCCACAGCCGCUUUCCCAGGACCGAUCCCUGAGCUCACGGUGCCUGUCACUGACACCAUCAAGUCACCUCCUGCCCUGCCGGCUGAGACGACUCCACCAUCCUCCACCCCCAAGCCCAGUAUUCUGUUUGGCAUGCUGAGCACCCCCACUUCAACCCCGUCUGCAGCUCCCGAUGUGUCUGAAGCAUCGCCCAUGUUCAAGCCCAUUUUUGGGGCGCCCCCUAAAAGUGAGAAUGGAAGCCCUUUGCCCACUAACCCUCCAAUCCCAACUCUAGCUUCUCCUAGCACGACUCUCCCCACAAUUCCUAGCACCUCAAACACCACUUUCAAGCCUAUCUUUGGCAACAUGGGGCCAGCAACAUCUGUGCCCUUGUCAGCCACUCCUUUCUCCUUCAAGCAGACAAGUGCUCCCACCACCACGGCUGCUCCUCUCUUCUCUGCAGCGGCCCCCACCACCACAGCCAGCGUGUCAGCAGAUUCGGCUUCCAAGCCGGCUUUUGGCUUUGGUGUAAACCAUGUGGCCAGCCCCUUGAGCAGUGUGGCUGGUACCACUUCUGCGUCCCAGCCUUUUCUCUUCGGGGCCCCCCCUGCCUCUGGUGCCAGCUUGGCUCCAGCCAUGAGCUCCAUCUUCCAGUUUGGUAAGCCUCCUGGCGUGCCAGCUUCAACCUCAGGUGCCAGCUUUGGCCAGUCCCUCCCCAGUGCUGUUCCAGCAGCCCCCAGCAGCAGCACCUCGGCCCCGGUUACCACCAGCCAGCCGACUUUGACAUUCAGUAGUACCACCACCCCAGCAUUCAACAUUCCCUUUGGUUCAAGCACCAAGCCCCCUCCCCCGGCAUAUCCAGGAUCCAACCCCCAGCCUACGUUUGGGGCCAUUGAUGGACAGCAGCAGGGGGCCACCAAGUCAGCCCUUGCCCCAAGCUUUGGCAGCUCUUUCACAUUUGGAAACACUGUGGCCUCGGCCCCAACAGCGACUCCAACACCGAGCCCUGCUCAGUCGGCCUUUGGCAGUACCACGCAAGUGGCCUUCGGUGGUGUGAAGCCCCCAGCCUCCUCCACCUUCGGCACUCCUGCUAGCACCCAGCCAGCCUUUGGCAGCACCACAGCUGUCUUCUCCUUUGGAGCAGCCACCACCACUGGUUUUGGGGCCACCACCCAAACCACCAGCAGCGAGAGCAGCAGCAGCUCAGUGUUUGGCGGCACCACGCCAUUGCCCUUCACGUUUGGGGGAUCAGCAGCAGCAGCACCAGCUGCUAGUGGGGGCUUUGGGGUCACUGUGGCAACCCCAGGCACCAGCGCCACCUCUGCAGCCUUCAGCUUUGGGGCAGGGCAGAGUGGGACCACCGGCACCACAACCCCUUUUGGGGGAAGCUUGAGUCAGAACACAUUGGGCGCAGCCAGCCAGAGCACACCCUUUGCCUUCAAUGUGACCAGCACACCUGAGAGUAAACCCGUGUUUGGAGGCACUUCCACGCCCACCUUUGGUCAGAAUACGCCUGCCCCUGGAGUGGGCCCAUCUGGCAGCAGCCUCUCCUUUGGGGUGCCCUCAGCACCCGCCCAGGGCUUUGUUGGAGUUGGACCUUUUGGGUCGCAGACGCCUUCAUUUUCCAUUGGCGCAGGAUCCAAGACCCCAGGGGCUCGACAGCGACUACAGGCCCGAAGGCAGCACACCCGCAAGAAAUAG